AUGGGAUCGGGUGGAACAAUCAUAUUUAGUGUGUUAUCGCUAUGGAUGGUAGUAACUACGUACGCCAUUGAAGCUGAGAGCAGCCUGAAAUUGCAUGGUCAUGGGUCAGAGGUCGUUCAGCUGGCCGGAGAAAGCAAUCCACUCCGCGAUGCAAUACGACAUUUUCAGCGACAUCAAAGACUUGAUGACAUUGACGCCAACAACAGGAAAACAGCACUGAGAUGUGGUGUUGAAGAGGAAGACAACCGAUUUCGUAGAUAUUCUGUCUCAGGUAAAAAGUGGGUCAACAACGAGGUCAAAUUCCGGUUCAUUAACUACUAUUCCGGCAUUGGGGUAGAAGAACAGAGGCGCGCCAUAUAUCGGGCGUUUUUGCGCUGGAGUAACUACACACCAUUGUCCUUUGUUGAAGUGAAUGAUAACACGGCUGAUAUUGCCAUAUCAUUUGCGAGUGGUAGCCAUGGCGACAACAGGCCAUUUGAUGGACCAGGUGGCGUACUAGGACACGCGUAUCCUCCGCCACAUGGUCAAGUUCAUUUUGACGCCGACGACAAGUUUUCCAUCUUCCCCAAGAAAGGAAUAAGUUUUGACACAGUCGCCGCACACGAGAUUGGUCACAGUUUAGGAAUGAGACACUCAAAAGACGAAGGCGCCCUCAUGCAUCCAUUUUAUAUUGCUUAUGACCCUGAUUUUGUUCUCGCGACAGACGAUAUCAAAGGGAUUCAUAGCCUCUACGGUUUUCCACCGAUCGCACCAGAUAUCUGCACAGUUAAAUUUGACGCAAUUUUUACAGAUGCUGCUGGUGACACAUAUCUCAUUUCUGGUGCCCAUAUAUGGGUAGUUGGUAGACAUAGCGGAGUCAAGAAGGGUUACCCCAAAAGAUUGACGUCACAGUAUCCGGGAAUACCUGAUGGUGUUUCCACGGCAUUCGCAUCGCCCAAAACUGAGAAAAUAUACUUCUUUAAAGAUCGCUACAUGUGGAGGUACACUAACAAUGAACUUGAUCUGGGAUAUCCAAAAUCGACACACGAAAUGGGUCUUCCAAAAAAUCCUGACUCUGCAUUUAUCAGACACAUUAGCGACGACGAAAUCUAUAUUACUAAAGGUUGGAAAUACUAUAUUUGGGACGAAGACAUUGAACGAGUUCUGCCUGGGCCGAGUGAAUAUUUAUUUGAAAUUUUACCGGGCCUGCCUUUUGAUCUUGACGACGCGUUUUCAAUAGGCAAAUUCACGUACUUUGUGAAGGGUUCUAAGUAUUGGAGAUUUAGAGACACGUCAAAGACUCCAGACAAACGUUACGGGCGUUCAUUUAGCAGAGAUUGGCUGCGAUAUAACGGUCAGCUGGACAAAGUACAAAGUCCGUGCUUAUCAAAACCCCUACGAAACAUAACGUUUGCUUCGGCUGAUUCUUCGACGAAUCCGUAUCCAAUUGUCAUGGACGACCCACAGAAAAGUAUAUUUAGUUGUAUGGUGGCGAUGUUCUUAAAGUUCCAAUUUAUAGUGUAUUUAUUUACUUUGCUGUGUGGUAAAUCUAUCCGUCCCAAUUCGCAUGUGACUACAACCACGCCUUAUCAAGAUGGACGCCUAAUUGCCGAAAAUAAUACACAGGUGUAUAAUGUAGCAAGUGACAGUUUCUCUGUUCCUAAACUAAGUACUCUCCUCACGGAAAUAGCAACUACAUACGGAGCAAGGAUUUCAUGUUCAGGGGAUACUGUUCGAUCAACAAACAAGGAAUCCUCUAAAUAUGCUCGUGAAUUACGUUCUCGACGACGUGAUGCUGUCAUGUCAUCGUCCAACAAUUAUUUGCUAAAUAAGUUGCCACAUAUGUUGCAAAUUAUGAGCAAUAUGAUAGUCGUCAUCGCCCCCAUUGUUAUGAAAACUCACAGGAGAAUGGAGUACUUUGCAGCUGUAACUUUCAUAACCAACGCUAAUCAUCUGCCAUGA